CAGUAUGCUCUGAAUUUAAUUGCAUCUGAAUUCUGAGCCUUCCUGAUUUUUUCUUGUUGCAGGUUAAUGAACCUUCAUGAACAAAAGGAGCAAACUCCAGACUGGAUGAUACAGGAGUUUCAAACAGAAGUGUGGCCUGAUGUAGCUUCCUGGUGUUAACUUUGUUUUGGCAAUUUAUCCAAAACUGAUGAAAUGUGGAAACAGAGGACCAGCUAAUUUUAUCUUUAUCAAAUUUAAAGGUUUAUUGUUUCUGAACUGAAUAUGUGCUGCGUACAAAUGACACUGCCUUGCUCAUGACAUAAUCAGUGUUAUGUAGACGAAAGAAAAUCCGAGGGAAAAUAUAUUUUGGAGAAAAAAAUGCCAAAGAAAAAGAAAAAUCUUGGUGUGAGCCCAUCAAGAAAGAGCAUAAACUCAGAAGCGACGCCUGCUGCAUCUGCCGACUUGGUACCGCCCCCGGUAGAUCUAACAAUGUUACAAACACCACAUGGGAUUGAUAAAGAAGAACUCUUCAGCAAUCUUUCAGAAAUGUUUUCUGACUUAGAUCCUACUGUCAUUUACAUGGUGCUAUCUGAAUGUGAUUUCAGAGUUGAAGACACUAUGGAUUAUCUGCUAGAAUUGUCUACAGCUGCUAAGGGAAUAACAUCUUCAUCACAUGUCUCAGGUUUUGAUUCCAUAUCUGCAUCAUUGGUUGGUGAAAAUCAGACAAGCUGUGUUACUAAUGAAAUAGAGGGCCAAAGUUCUGCUGCAAUAAAAAAUGUGAAAUCUAGUGAAGAAUCAGAAAAGUCUUCAUCAUCUGAAGAACUGGUUUUCUUGCAGUGCCAUCCUUUUGAGAAAUAUAAUCUAAAUAGUGAAAAGAAGGAUUCAAAAAAUGACCAUAUCUCAGGCAAUCUGUCUUUGGCUUUGGACUACGGUAGCUCUGAUCAAGUUAAAGAGUUAUCUGGAUGUGCAGAGUCCUGUUUCGGUUACAAUACUGUGCUUUCUUUGCAGAAAAAGGAAACAGACAGUGAAAAAUUAGAAACCUCCACGCCUUUAAAUCCAGAUUGUGACAAACCCUCUGAAGUAGUUUAUGGAAAAUCAGACAUUCAAACAAAUGAUGUGGAUAUUUUUGCACAAAUCCCAGAGAACUGUUAUUUACCUGAAGUUGUACUUGACAGUGGUGCAGUUCCAGAAGUUGUUUUGGACCUUACAACCCUAAAUGACAUGUCUGCUCAACACUGCCAGGGGAUAGCUGAAUUUCAAAACACUGUGUUGGACAAUUCUAGUUCUUGUUCACACAAGACUGAAAAACAGGGAAACACAGUGACUGUGUGUAAUAAUUAUUAUAAUACUUCUGUUCCUGACCUAUGUGCAGAAUCCGCUUUCAAACUGACACCUUUUACAAAUGUUGACCAGUCUCAGCAGAUGUGGAAUUCACAAUUUUCUGUGCUUCAGAAAGAGCCUCAGGAGUGUACCUGGAACCUAAUGGCUCCUGUCUUUUAUCCUCAAAAUGCAAGCCAUAGCUUCGUAACUCCAGUUGCUUUCAGCCCUGGGAAGUGGAGGCCUGCUUCAAACUCUAGGAGUCUUGGGAAAAUAUAUUCUUCUCAAACAACUUCACAGUCUUGGGACAGCAAAUCCUCUCUGCCAAAAACGGACAUUUCUCAAGUACACCAGCUUCCUGUUUGUCACAUGAUGAGGAGAAAGAUUCCUCUCGCAGGUCAUGUGCUUGUUCUUCUUAGAGGGGUUCCUGGAUCAGGCAAAUCACAUUUGGCAAGGGCUUUGCUUGAGGAUAACCCUGGUGGUGUCAUUCUUAGUACGGAUGAUUAUUUUUACCAAAAAAAUGGACAGUACCAAUUUAAUGCUGAUUGCUUAGCAGACGCGCAUGAGUGGAACCGGAAACGUGCCAAAGAAGCAUUUGAAAAAGGCACCACUCCAAUAAUAAUAGACAACACAAACACACAGGCUUGGGAAAUGAAACCUUAUGUUGCAUUGGCUCAGGAACACAAAUAUAAGGUUAUAUUUCGUGAACCGGAUACCUGGUGGAAGUUUAAACCAAAAGAACUGGAAAGGCGAAAUAUUCAUGGCGUAUCAAAAGAAACGAUCAAAAGAAUGUUGGAACGAUAUGAACAUUGCCUGACAGUUAAUUCAAUUUUGAAUUCUUCAAUCCCAGAUGAAUUGAAAAGUGCUACCUGUGAUGAAGUUCUUCACCACAAAAAGGGAGAAGGGAAGGAAGAUCUGCCUCCUUAUGGGAAAAACAAGGAACAUUUUUCUUCACCUUUGAAAUGCAUAGAACAAAGUAUGGAAGAUAAGUCACAGUCACAGAAAGUCACAGUGGAAAAUCAGACUCUCCUGAAUAAAAGAGAACCGGAGCAUUGGGUUCAAGACUGUACUUCUAAAUGUAUUAUCUCUCCAGAAGACAUAGAUCUCAAUGCAUCAUCAAGGACAGACAAAAUUGAUUCUACUCUUGAAAUGGAAAUAAUUAAGAUGGACUUGGUAAAAUCUGAGGAAAGUGAAAUCUCAAAUUUCAGUGAAAAUAUUCAGAAGUACAGUAACAAGGACAUAAUAGCUGAAGUUGAAGCAAAUCAAUAUGCUGAAGUACUAACAGAAGCAGAGUUAAAACUGAGAAAAAACAUGAAUAAGGCAGAUUCAAGUUGUGAUAACCCGGUAGGGCCAGAGACAGUAAAUUUUGUGGGAGACUGGCCAAUAGAACAAACUAUGGGGCAGAGAGUGAAAAGAGCUAGAAGGUCAGAAAAACUGACUAUAAAGAAUGGCAAAGAGGAUAAAGGUCUAAGCAUGGCCAAUUUUGAUGCAUUAGCAAUUCUAGAUGAAGAUGAAAAGGUAAAUCCAGUUAAUAUUCAUGAAGAGCUGCCACUUUCUCAGAGUAAACAGGAAGAAAUUAAACAGCCCUCUGCCUGUAUGUCUGUUGAUGAUACAGAAGAAGAUGCAUCACAACUGCUGAUUGUAGGAGACUGGCCUUUCCAAAACUCUUUAGAGCAAAGACAGCACAAAAUGAAAAGAAUACCAAAGAGAAACACUGGUGAAUCAGAAGAGAUUAUAAGUAGUCAAUGCAAUAUUAAUGAAAGUACUCUGAAUACAGUAACGGUACUUCCUACAACAUCUGCAGGUGUUGGAGAGCUACUUGUCUCAUCAAAGAAGGAAAGUCUUCUGGCACCUGAAAGCUCUGGUUCUGAAACUCUUAGUGAGAAAAAGUCCGUGCAGAACAAAAGGGCACGCAAGCAUCAUAAAUUAGCUCUAACGUUUACCAACAAUUUGGCCCUCAGUAAACCAGAGGAAGAAUUGUGUUUGUCUAAUUUGCUGGAAGAGAAACCUGAUGAAUGCAUCAUGACAGAGGCCAAUAAGUAUUCACAGACGGAGCCCCAAGAUUUUGCUCUCCUGUGGAGGCUUGAAAGGAAAAUUAUUGUUUCGGAAGAUACCAAAGUAUUAAAUGGCAGACUGGAUGGAUUCAUACCAAAAGGUGUUCAUACUGCUUCAGAAAAAAUACCCUAUAAAGUAACUUAUGAGAAAAGCACUUAUGUGGAAGAAAGUGAACUUGUCAACAUUGAUGUGUCUGAGAAUCUGAAUAUUUUGUGUAAACUCUUUGAGUCCGUUUCAUUUGAUGCACUGAAGGACUUGUAUGAAAGAUGUAACAGGGACAUUGAUUGGGCUACAGGGAUCUUGUUAGAUUCUGCUGAGAAGUUGUGCAGAGAUGAUGAGGUUGGACCCUUGCAGGAAGCACAGAUUCAGCCUCCUGGCAAGUCUCUUGACUCUAAUGAAAAUGCUGGUCAUAGAGAACGACUUGCAGAUUCUGAGGAAACCGCUCAAGGAACUGUGACUUCUAGAAUUAGUCAGGAUUCAGAAAUAGCAAAUCUCUCCGUUGAUGAUGGAGGUGAUGAAGCUUCCAUCAUUAAAGAUGAACACAACUUUUCAAUUGCUUCCCCAGCAGAAAACAAACAUUUAAUGCCAUCUGCUCCAAGAACUCAUGUAGAAGAAUCAGGAAAUGAGAAACCACUUUUAGAUACCACACAUACAAAAGAGAUCAACUCUGUUAUGCUAUCAGAAAAUGAGCAGCCGAACAAGGUGUUGCAUACUGAAGUGGACUUAAGUGUUCCUGUGACUAUAGCUGAUGAUUUUAAUGGCGGCCCUAACACUUUGAAACCCACUUUUGAUGUGGAAAUAGACAACAGAUCUUCAGAGAAACAUUCAGAGUGUUCAAUUACAGAAGAGCUCCCAUCUCUAAUACUUACAGAGGGCUCUACAAGCAAGGACAGGAAAUUUGAGGUGGAUAAAAAAAUGAAUUGUAAACCAAUGUUUCUAAUUGCAGCAAAAAAUGAAGAAAACAAAAUACCCAAUCAAGAUAAAAGCAUGUUAGUGAACUCCACACCUGUAUCAAAAUCUGUGAAUAUAAAUUCCCUAGAACUGGUCUUACCUCCUGAACUAGCCAUUCAAUUAAGUGAAAUAUUUGGACCCGUUGGUGUUGAUUCAGGGUCGCUAACUACUGAAGAUUAUGUGGUUCAUAUUGAUCUGAAUUUAGCCAGAGAAAUUCAUGAAAAAUGGAAAGCAUCUAUUACAAAGCGACAGAGGAGAGAAGAGGAGUUGCAUAAGCUUCUUGAAGAAGAUCCCAUGCUGUUUGAGCAAUUCUGUCUAGAUGAGCUGGACAGCCUUCUCUCUCCGCAUACAAACUGUCAAGUACAGAAGAACGAAAGACUACCUACAGAUACGCUACCUGAAAACUCAGCUGCUUCAGAGUUUUUUCCUUUCAUGGAUCACUGGAAUGUCCAGACUCAGAAGGUGUCACUCCGGGAGAUAAUGUCUGAAGAAAUUGCCUUACAAGAAAAAGAGGACCUGAAACGCUUUCCUUUCAUGGCUAGAAAAGACUGUGCUGCCAAACUGAAAGAGAAGCAACUCCUGGAGCUAUUCCCAGCUAUUAACCCAAACGUCUUAAUGGAAAUCUUCAAGGACCACAAUUAUUCUUUGGAGCAAACCGUCCAGUUUCUGAACAACGUUCUAGAGUCAGAUCCAGUAAAGACAGUUGUAGCCAGAGAAACUGCCCAGGGUGCCAUACUCUCUUCUUGCAGUGCUUUAAAGACACGAGAGAGAAAGGCCAGAAAGUGCAAGGAACCAGAAGACAUUCUUGGUGCAAAGGUGUUUCAAGACUUUGAAUAUCCAGGAUAUGAUGAUUUCAGGGCCGAAGCUUUUCUUCACCAACAGCACAAGCAAGAGUGCCUGAGAAAAGCUGGGGAGGCGUAUCGCAUGGGAAUGAAGUCUGUAGCAGCAUUUUAUGUUCAAAGGGGUCGCCUUCACGAGGAGAAGAUGAAAGAAGCCAACCGCGAUGCUGCCAUGCAAAUCUUUGAGAAAGUGAAUGCCUUGAAGCUUCCUGAAAACCUUUUGGACCUACAUGGUCUUCAUGUGGAUGAAGCUUUGGCUCACCUGGGUAGAGUAUUGCAGGAGAAAACAGAAGAAUGCAACCUGGCUGGUGGUAAGCCAUAUCUCUACGUGAUCACAGGAAAGGGAAACCAUAGCCAGGGAGGAGUUGCUCGCAUCAAACCAGCAGUUAUGAAAUACCUCACAAGCCACAAGUUCAGGUUCACAGAAAUAAAGCCAGGCUGCUUGAAAGUCAUGCUGAAGUAAAAGGAUAUCACCAAGAGGAUUGGAAAAGCUGCUGUAACUGACAUACAAACAACUUCAAAAUAUAAUGCCGUUCCUGUGCUACUUUUAAAUAACAAUAUUUUACUGGAAAUAUUUUAACGUUUUUAGCAGGUGUGUUUUUUGUCAGCAUGUUUUCCUUGCCAAAACUGAAUGGAUUUUUUUUUCUUUUUAAGGGAAAUAGUUUUUGGGCCUCUUGCUAUAAAAGGAGUCCAUGUGAAGAGAACUUCUGUACAAGUGGACUUUCAAAGGGAAGGCUCCAUUUUGAAACACUCUGUCCUUCUCAGAUAUAAAGAACAUCCACAAAUAUCUCAAGCAUUAUCUUCUUAAAACACUUACCUUGUUCUAUAUAAGAGGGGUAGUACUCUUCAGAUAUUUUGGACUACAUUGCCCAUCAUUCCUGGCAACUGGCCAUGGUGGUUGGGCUGGUGGAAGUUGUAAUCCACAUUUGGAGGGUAUCAUAUUGACUACCUAUGCUCUGUCAACAAUAGGCUUACAUGUUUUUAAGACGUGGAGCUAAGAUUGCUUCAGAUGCUUUGAAAUUAAAAGUUUUGGAGGGAGAAAAUGAUGCAGUGGGUUGAAGUAAUAAGAGCUAAUAAUUAUUUAUGUUCCUUGGGGAGAAGAGAAAAUGUUAGGUGUUAACAUUUCCCUGGACUUAAGAGAAAUACAAUGUCUCAUACCUCAGUGAGUUAUCUGCUCAGAUUGUCCCAACUCUUCAACUCUCUUCAUAUAUUGAAAGUGUUGACAGUACUGCCUGAUGAGAUGGUUGAGCUUUUUUUUGUGAAAGGACAUGGGUACCUAAAGGUCUUGACCGUUAUCUAAGUAAUGAGGAGCCAUUUCCUCUUUUAUUUAUAUAGUUGCCACUAGAAUCAACGAAAUUUUAGAAGUCCCAGUUUUUGUGACUUAUAAAGAUGUGAAUUCAGCUAUAUAUUUGUGCUAGUGGGAGCCAGCAUAACAAAGCCCGCUAAUGCAACGGGUCUUCCCCUGCUCUUGCGCUGAUGGAACAAUUCUUACUUGUUCGCUUAAAAUAUUAAGUGCACUGCCUCAUGAGUGCAGUGAGAAUAUGUACAGAGAGCUGCUAUGUGAAUUGAAAUGCACAGGGGUACCUGCAGUGAAGCUCUUUCUGUGCAUUCUAACUCCUAAAUGUGUGACUAAAGUUUCUUUAUGGGGGUCAGCAUUUCCAUAUUCUUUGUGGUGGGAGAAAGUAUAAGGAAUCUUCAUAGACUCCAUCCUGUCUGUAUAAAAAUUACAUAUGGUCUAUUAGAGAAGACACCAGCAAAUUGACAGCAUGUAAGAGUUUGCCAGCUUUGAGCAAGCCCACGUGCCAUUAACAACAAUACUGGAAGAAGCAUUUCUCAAUGGCAGCUACUACCAUUGUAGUACUGAUGGAGGGAGCUACAUAUACAUACAUUCUCAUGUUCCUACUGCUGCUGUUAAAACAUACAUGGUUUCCUUCAGAUCAGGAAGUACAGCAAUGUGUGCAUGCAUACCUCUCUUACAGGGAUGCAGUUUCAUUUGAAAAUGUAUCUUCAUUAUUGAUAGUAUAUUUUGUGUGGAUUUUUAAACGUUAAUUCAUGGCUGAGAAUAAGCAAGCAACUCGAGGUAUUUUUAAAACAUAUUUUAAUAUCAAAACUGGAUGAUCCUAGUUGCAAAUUGAAUGACAUCUCUCAUGAUAUUCAGUGCUUCUGUAUCCAAACAAAUUAAUACAUAUAGAAAUAUUUUUAAAACUGAUAGGUGACAUUUAUUUACAAGAAUAUGCAAAUAAUGUAUACAUAUCUUUCAAAGUGGACAUGCAAGUGCUCUUUAAAAUUGCUUUAUAAUUAUGAAGCUUUUAAAACAAUUGAGGAUUACAUGUGAGCCCGUUUUGUAAAUAGGUGAGUGUGAAAUAUUUCAAGUUAAAUCAAUUGCGUCCUUCCACAAUUGGAAGGAAUGGGGGAGGAAAAAUAUAUGGUGAUUGCCUCCCUCCCCAUGCCACUGAUGGAAGCCUCCUAAGUGCCUUCCAUCAGUGGAGAAAAUACCAUUGGUACAACCCUUCAUAUCUUAAAGGUGCCAUUUCAGUAGAAUUUUGAAGCAGCAAGUUUCUUUGACAUACAAUGCAACAGAAUUUGCAUACAUAUGUUAUGUACACCAAUUAAAUUGGGACAUUUUAGUGCAUGUGCAACUAUUGAAAAGUUGCAACCUGCAGUUAACUAUGAUCCUUUCAAAGAGAUCUUUGAGUGAGAACAGAUUCCUGCACAUUGCAGGGAGAAAGGAAACUCAUCCAGUCCUUAGUAUGUUAUUUACAGGACUUUCCACCUGGAUCAGAGCUUCAGAAUAUCCUGCUACAGUGAUUUCUAAGCUUAAUGAAUUUUAUAAAAGAUAGCUUUUGAAUCUGGAGAAAAAGAUGAUGAUGGAAGGAGUGCUUGUAUAGAAAUCCAAACUGCCUUUUUUUUUUUGCUUAGGGGUGUAUGUCAUGGGAGAAAAACAAAACCUUUUUCUUCUAUUUUUAUAAAUCAAGCACUUUAAAAUACUUGAGUUGCUUGGUAGCUAGAUUCCCCCUCCUCUUUUUAUGUGGGCUGCCCUAUAGCCAAAGAAACUACUUCUGCUUCUUCCAUUGGAAUAAUUGGCUUUUUCAAACUUUCACCUUCCUGUAUACCAGAAUGGGUGUGUUCAUCAAAAUACUUAUUCAGGAACCUAAUGCAAAUAAGGGAUGCUUCACCAUUACCAUUGUAUAGAUAUGCCUGUAUGGCCAGGACAUGCAUGCAUGUUUUGCUUCAUGUACAAAUCAUGGGGAAACCACUAUUGUGGGAUCUUCACUCCAUGUCCAACUAGCCUGAUGAAGAAGAAGGGGUAACGACACACUUGGAAGAGCUACCCAUAUUGGGAAAACCACUAUGUGAAAGGCCCCAAGGUUAAUGCGAUGGCAGAUUUAUCUUUUCAGAUGCUGAUCUAUUUUUGUCCUCUCUUCAUGAACGGAGUUCUUCUCGCAGGAACUUUUGAUCCAAGCCAUUGUGACUUUGUAAAAAAUCUCACUCCUUUCGAUAGAACCUGCCAAGUAGAAGUGGCUGCUGGAUUAUAGCCUCCCGUUCCCGUCUACACUUUAGUAGAUUAUUUAAAAAAUAACUGAUAAAUCCUUCUAUAUUUUCUUAGGGGAAAAAAUACGACUGAAGAAAUUAAGACUAAACCUGAAAAUACCUGUAAGGAUACCUAAGGGAAAUGUGUUCUUUUCAAUGUCUCAGUACAACU